AUGGCAAAUCUGGCUCAAACGCUGUCUAAUGUCGACAUCUGCUCCGACGCGUCUCAGCCACGUCCCCCUAUCCUCGACAUCCCCCAUGAAAUUUAUGGGUGUAUUUUCGAAAACCUUGACGUCCAAAGUAUUUUCAACUUCGGUAUGACCUGCCAAGAGCUGUGGCCUGUUGCCAAGUAUUUUGUCAAAGACAGGUUCAAGCAGGUGCUUGGAGUUUGGGCCGGAGUGCCGCUCAUUUGUCCAGGUUGUGACCAUCCAAAAGGCGAGAACUCUUAUCCGCCAGGUCUUCUCAGCAAAGCCGCUGAAGAAGAGCUAAAGAAGGGAUUGCGCGUCGGAGAACCGGGUCCUCUUGGCCAGCUGCUUCACAUUCCGGGACACGAAGAGAUCGAACAGAGAUACUAUAAGACCAACCUGUUCCGACUUGCGAUCAAACGGUACAAAAUGCUUCCUUUAGUCAGCACCGCCGUCAACAGCAUGAUUCAUGUUUCCAACACGCCGGGACUCCGUCGCCCAAGGGACGUAUUUCGCUUCACUAGGCCAAUGCCGUCAAUGUUUUAUCCCCUGGGAGAGAAAUGGAUCCUCCGCAACUUGACCACGCGUCAAAUCGUCCGUGCAGAAGAAAUCGCCCUUAAGCAAGAAUACAUCCAAGGGCCGCUCAUCAAGAUUCUCGGAUUCGGCGAAGUUAUCAUCGCGAAGACCUGCUGGUCCGAUCAUGCAGAUACUUGGGUUAACUACCCAGUCAACAAAGGCCCGUGGGCAGGGCACUCCUUCGAUGUCGUCCCCAUCUCUAAGAUCAAAGAUGACGACACCUGGGAGGACAUUAGCCUUGAGAUCGCGGCGGAACUAAGGAAGAUGUGCCGGCUUCAGUAUGGGCACGGCUGGAGGGAGAAGCUCAUUUAUAGAUUCGAACGGAAAUGCAUGGAUCCUUGGGGCUGCUGGAGAGACGAGACGUUGUGGGAGACUGUUCAGAGGCAAGCAAAGUCCAGCACUCAGGGCUGGUUUGGCUUUUUCCGCAAGAAGCACUGA